GCUGGGGCGCCUGCGCACGGCAUGCUGGGAGACGCAGUCCCUACGCUGUGAGGCGGCGAGAGCUCGAGACGAGUAAGCAUGUUCUCCGCCAGCGUCGUUAUCGCGGCUGGGAACUGAUUCCCGGCGACGAAGACGAUGCCUCAGCGGGGCGGCGAGCUGCCCCCGUCCAAGCGGCCGAAGCUGGCCUCCGCCGCGGCGCCCUUCAGCUCCAGCUUUCGCAAAGCCAUGUUGUUGGCGCCGCCGGGAGCCAAGCGGCAGCCUCUUCCCGCCAUGGGGAUCGAAAGCCAGCGCCGCAGCCUGCCUAUCUUCCAGGCGCGGGGGGCGCUCCUCGGCCAGCUCCGGAGUCUCGAGUGCGCCGUCCUCAUCGGGGAAACAGGGUCGGGGAAGACGACUCAGAUCCCCCAGUACCUCUACGAAGGGGGAAUUGGACGCCAGGGCAUCAUUGCUGUCACUCAGCCCCGCCGUGUAGCUGCCAUCUCCUUGGCCACUCGAGUCUCAGAUGAGAAGAAAACAGAACUGGGGAAAAUGGUUGGCUACACAGUUCGCUUUGAGGAUCUCACUUCAGAUGAGACAAAAAUCAAGUUCCUGACAGACGGGAUGCUGCUCCGAGAAGCCAUCGGGGACCCUCUCCUGCACAAGUAUAGCGUUGUCAUUUUGGACGAAGCACACGAGAGGACAAUCCACACAGAUGUGCUCUUUGGUGUGGUGAAAACAGCACAGAAGAAGCGGAAGGACUUGGGGAAAUCACCACUGAAAUUGAUUGUUAUGUCCGCUACCAUGGAUGUUGACCAGUUCUCCCAGUACUUCAAUGGAGCCCCCGUCUUGUACCUGGAAGGCCGGCAGCAUUCCAUCCAGAUCUUCUACGCCAAGCAACCUCAGAGUGAUUACCUCCAGGCUGCAUUAGUGACAAUCUUCCAGAUCCAUCAGGAAGCACCGUCUUCUCAGGACAUCUUGGUCUUUCUGACGGGUCAGGAGGAGAUUGAAGCCAUGGCCAAAACCUGCCAUGACAUCGCAAAGCAUCUUCCUGACGGUUGCGCGCCCAUGGUGGUCAUGCCCCUGUAUGCUUCCCUGCCCUAUUCACAACAGCUCCGAAUCUUCCAGGCUGCACCCAAGGGCUAUCGCAAAGUGAUUCUCUCAACCAACAUCGCUGAGACCUCCAUCACCAUCGCAGGAAUAAAAUAUGUUGUGGACACAGGCAUGGUUAAAGCAAAGAAGUACACUCCUGAAAGCGGACUUGAAGUGCUAGCAGUCCAAAGGGUGUCAAAGGCACAGGCUUGGCAGCGGGCAGGCCGAGCUGGAAGAGAGGACAGCGGACUUUGCUACCGCCUGUACACGGAAGAUGAGUUUGAGAAGUUUGACAAAAUGACAGUGCCUGAAAUACAGAGGUGUAAUUUGGCCAGCGUGAUGCUCCAUCUUUUGGCCCUGAGGAUUCCAAAUGUUCUCACCUUUGACUUUAUGUCCAAGCCAUCUCCAGAAGCCAUUCAGUCUGCUAUUGAGCAGCUGGCCCUAUUGGGGGCGGUGGAAAGAAAAGAUGACCAGCUCAUCCUGACCACACUGGGAAGAAAGAUGGCAGCAUUUCCUCUGGAACCCAAGUUCUCCAAAACCAUCCUGAUGUCCCCCAGAUUCCACUGCUCAGAGGAGAUCCUGACCAUUGUCUCGCUGCUGUCCGUGGACAGCGUCCUCCAUAACCCCCUGUCCCGAAGGGAUGAAGUCCAGGCCGUCCGGAAAAAGUUCAUCUCCAGUGAAGGGGACCACAUCACGUUGCUCAACAUCUACCGAGCCUUCAAAAAUAUCAGUGGCAAUCGGGAAUGGUGCAAAGAGAACUUUGUAAAUAGCAGGAACAUGAUGCUGGUCUCCGACAUCAGAGCUCAGCUGCGAGAUAUUUGUUUGAAGCUUUCAAUACCACUGGAGUCUUCCCGAUCUGACACAGGCAACAUCCGCCGCUGCCUGGCGUACAGCCUCUUCAUGUACACAGCCGAGCUGCAGCUGGACGGGACCUACGCCACAACUGACGCCCACCAGCCAGUGGCCAUCCACCCUUCCUCCGUCCUUUUCCACUGCAAACCAGCCUGUGUCACGUACAAUGAACUGCUGCACACCAACAAGUGCUACAUGCGGGACCUCUGCGUGGUGGACGCCGACUGGCUGUACGAUGCCGCACCCGAGUACUUCCGCCGGAAGCUCAGAGCAGCCAAGAACUGAUGUCAAGGCUGUGAAGUGGGAGAACCAUGGUCCUGAUUUUGGUUAACCCAAUGGACAGGGAUUCUGCUGUGCUGGUUAGGUACCCACUAACAAGAGCGAGUUAAUCAGCGACUGGACUUCAUGAAUGUCCAAAUCCCCAUGACAGCAUUGGAUUUCCAGCCCCUUGCAGAGUCUCUUCCAAAAUGGGCAUUUGUGUAGGACAAGCAGCACGAAGAGGCAAUCCACGCCUCAGUGGAAGCAGCUGUCCACGCGGCUGGUAGCAUUUUUUUAGCAGCGGAUCCUGUGUUGAUGCUCUGAAACUAUGCUUUUUAUGGUGCAGUCAUAAGCAGAGUUCACAAUCUUCUAAGCCCAUUUGACAUAGAAGAUUGUACCUCUGCAUAGGUUUGCACUGGUUAAAUAUCUUCCUUUUUUUGCUUUUGAGGAGGGGAAAGAAAACUGACCUUUCCCCUCACAAAGAGGCAAGAACCUAUGUGUAUGUACAGGGCCUUAUCUCAGGGUUCGUAAAAAAAACUAUAUUGUUAUGCAGUAGUAACAAAAAUUUUUAAAGGAGUCUAGGGACACCUUAGUGACUAAUAAUUCAUUCCAGCAUACAUUUUAGUUGGUUAUUAUUAUAACCACCUUUUGCUGAAAUGAAAUGUGUUGAAGCUUUAAGGUGUCACUGGGCUCUUAAUAUAUUUAUUUAUUAGCUGUAACAUGGCUACUCAUUUGGACUUAUCAUGAAUUAAACAGAUAACCUUUUUUUAAAAAAAA